GAUGCAGCGAGUCCAGGGACUAAGGAUCCUGCUCUGGAGCCUGGUUCUAGUAUUUUUGGGAGUGACCCACGUCCAAGGCAACAUGAUACUGUGCGGCCAGGAGUUACCCGAAGCCUUGAAUAGGAUUUGCCAAUACGGCUACAACCAAAAAUUUAAGCGAACAUUUGACCUAACCCAUCUAAAUGCCAUUGAGGACGAAGGACUUGAGGAGAGUUCCCUUUUGUGGAGGAUGCUGGGGGAGAGCUCGAAUCAAUUGAUGAAAACCCGUCGUCGGCGUCUUGGAAUCUUUGAUGAGUGCUGCCGAAAGCCAUGUUCGAGGAAUGAGUUGCUGCGAUAUUGUGCCGGUGGACCUGGACGGUGAAUCAAAGCAACCGUGAAUCGGACCCUGGAACCCCCGAAACCUCUUGAGAACCCCCUGAAGAGAUGUGACCUUAACGGGAUAAAGGAUGAACCUUGUACUCAUAGUUGUUAAGUCGUUGGAUAAAAGCCUACUCACUAUUUAUGCCCCGGAGCGAAUAAUAUACAUAUAUGUAUGGAUAGCAUUAUGUGUUGGGGAUGUAUGCGCAUAAUUUAUGAUCGGAAAUCAGAGACAGAUACGCGAAAUGAAUCGGAAAACGGGAUGGUAUGCAUAUAUACAUGAUUGUACUCUUGUAUGCUUGUGUAAAGGGCCUGAAUACAUCGCCUGGAUAUAAAUUAUUAAAUAAAUUAUGUAUUCAAACUGCUGCA